UGCUCAUCACGCUCUUGUAAUCAUGGCUAUAUCGUAGUAAAACGAAGCGUGUUAGACAGUUCACUUGUAAAACGGAUUCGGUGUUCUACGGAGGCGAAUAGAAAGUAUUGCCGCAGCGCCUGUUUAAAAACUCAAGCAGUUACAACAUCUGCUGAAUUUCCGGUCAAUCGAAAAGAAUUUUCAUAUUCCGGUUUAUUAAUUAAACGAAUAACAACAACAGCCAAAAUGGUUCAUACAACAAUUUACGAUGAAGCACCAAAUCUAAAGAAGAACGAAGUUCCCCAAAAGAUGGCCGCUGAAGCUGAAACUCACUUAGAUCAUAUAUGCCGCUUGCAGUUCGACUCUGCCGUGCCACAUGUUCGCCUAUCCGGUAUUGUUUGCACCAUUGGACCUGUCUCGCGCAGCGUUGAAAUGCUGGAGAAAAUGAUGGCAACCGGCAUGAACAUUGCACGCAUGAACUUCUCCCACGGUUCGCAUGAAUACCAUGGCGAAACUGUAGCCAACGUGCGCACUGCUGCUAAAAACUAUUCUGCCAAGAUUGGUUAUGAAUAUCCAAUUGCCGUCGCUUUGGACACAAAGGGACCUGAAAUCCGUACUGGCCUGAUUGAGGGCAGCGGCAGUGGUGAAGUUGAGUUGAAAAAGAAUGAACUCAUUAAGCUAUCCACCAAUCCGGAUUACAUCGAGAAGGGCAACAAAGAUAUCAUCUACGUGGACUAUGCAAAUAUUGUUAAGGUCGUAAAGCCCGGCAAUCGUGUCUUCGUUGACGAUGGUCUCAUUUCCUUGAUCGUUAAGGAAAUUCAGGGUGAUACCCUGGUAUGCCAAAUUGAAAACGGUGGCGCUUUGGGCUCACGCAAGGGUGUCAACUUGCCCGGAGUACCCGUCGACUUGCCCGCUGUGUCAGAGAAAGACAAAUCUGAUUUGAAAUUCGGUGUUGAGCAGAAAGUAGAUAUGAUUUUCGCUUCGUUCAUUCGUAAUGCGGCUGCGCUCGCUGAAAUCCGUGCCGUUUUGGGUGAAGAGGGCAAGAACAUCAAAAUCAUUUCAAAGAUUGAAAACCAACAAGGUAUGCACAACCUGGAUGAGAUCAUCGAAGCUUCCGACGGUAUUAUGGUGGCCCGUGGUGAUUUGGGUAUCGAAAUUCCACCAGAGAAAGUAUUCUUGGCACAAAAAGCGAUGAUUGCCCGUUGCAACAAAGCUGGCAAACCAGUAAUUUGCGCUACACAAAUGUUGGAAUCGAUGGUGAAGAAACCACGCCCCACACGUGCCGAAAUCUCAGAUGUGGCUAAUGCCAUUCUCGAUGGCGCUGACUGUGUGAUGUUGUCGGGUGAGACGGCCAAGGGUGAAUACCCACUGGAAUGUGUGCUUACAAUGGCAAAGACAUGCAAGGAGGCUGAAGCCGCCUUGUGGCAUAGAAAUUUGUUCGCCGAUCUGGUGCGAGCCGCACACACCUCCACCUUGGACUCCCCACAUGCCGUGGCCAUUGCUGCUGUUGAGGCUGCCUCCAAGUCAUUGGCUGCCGCUAUUGUGGUCAUUACAACUUCAGGAAAGUCUGCUCAUUUGAUAAGCAAAUAUCGUCCACGUUGCCCAAUCCUUGCGGUCACACGCUUCCCACAAACUGCUAGACAGGCGCAUUUAUACCGCGGCAUCAUACCACUCGUUUAUACCGAACCGGCGCUCUCCGACUGGCUGAAGGACGUGGAUGUCCGUGUACAAUUCGGCGUGCAAGUGGGCAAGAAGAACGGUUUCCUUAAAUCGGGUGAUGCAGUCGUCAUCGUCACUGGCUGGAAGCAGGGAUCUGGAUUUACAAACACCAUGCGUAUUGUUUACAUUGAUUAAGAACCACCGUUGUAUACAUAGCUAUCUCGGACUCAUCUGAAAAAUUAAAUGCGCUCAACGGCAAGCGCACAACUUCAUUAUGUUGCAGUGAAACUCAAAUACGCAUAUAUGCAUAUGUUUAUUUAAUACAAAUAUAUUUUAAACAAUUCACUUAAAUGCGAAUGUAAUUAAUUGUUGGUAUUAAUCCCCUGCACUAGUGAAGAGGAAUAUUGAAUGUUAAUUAUAUGAAUUACAAAUAUAAUAAAAACAAACAUAAUUACUUUCCA